AUCCUCCUCCUUCAGAUUUAGUUUCACACCCAGUUCUGUUACCUAUUGGCUGCUUGGGUCAUAUCACUGCCCAUGUAAGUCCUGCCUUAUUCGUACCUGAUCCACAGGUGGAAACCCCCAUCUUAUGUUGUCUCCAAAUUGCCCAAAACGGGGAAAGACCACAUGGUCCUAACAGUUUAUUGAGGUCAUGGAUUAGUUGAGGAAUCACUGAGACCUAGAGUAACUCAAAUAGAAUCAAAGCUUUAUAGAGUUGCGAUGGACAAGCUUGAGAGAGGCUCGAAGUCCCUCUUCCAUCUUCCACUUUAGUAUCUGAUAACCCUCAGCUACUUCUCAAACUGCCGCCUUAUCCAACAAAGAACCCGUGUUCCACCUCCACCAUCAAAUUCCACAUCAUUCCCUGCCUAUAAUCCCCGGAGAUCUUCAGCUUCUACCAGCUGCCUAGUAAGUCUUCCCCCCUUCUUACCUAGUCUGCAACUGCUUUCCUACUAUCAAUCCUACUGCCACCAGACUAGAGCUUCAUAACUCAUCUGUAACGGCUUCUGUGUAACCCUUGCCAAACCUUUGUUGUUAAACCAGUUCUCCUGUUCUCUGCUAGAUCCUGCCUCUGUCAUAGGGAAUGGAAAAAACAGGAGUUCCAAAAGAUUUACUCCAGGGUCUCCAUCAUUUGCAAUAUUUUAUUCACUGAAAAGGAUUGGUCCUGAGGAGGCCCUCUAUGGAAAAGGAAUACAGUCCUAUGGAGAGGGAGUAAAGUCAUGGGGUCUCUAUGAUGAGGGAGUACAGUUCUGGGGUCUUUAUGGAGAUGGAGUACAGUUCUGGGGUCUUUAUGGAGAUGGAGUACAGUUCUGGGGUCUUUAUGGAGAUGGAGUACAGUUCUGGGGUCUUUAUGGAGAUGGAGUACAGUUCUGGGGUCUGUGUGGAGAGGGGGUACAGUCCUGGGGUCUCAGUGGAGAGGGAGUGCAGUAAUGUCGGGGUAAUUGCAUUGGUGCAAUCCAGUUUUGCAAUUGCUAUAAGUCUACAUCAUGACAUCAGCAGAUUAUGGAGCUUUGGUAACAAAUUAAUUCUAAAAGGCAAAUCCAGACACAUGUUGAAAGUUCAAUUGUAGGUCUUUCUCUGUACAAUUCCCAGUAGUGCUACUUUAUUCUGAUUAACAUAUUUCCUACCCUGCCUGUUCUUGCUGCCUCCCUGUCCCAUCCUUGUAUUCUGCCUUGGAUACCUCUCUCUACUGGACUGUGUCGUUCCUGCUUUUUCCCAACAGUCAACUUCUGUCUCUGACAUUCAGGUUAAAAAAGGUCACACGUCCCUGACCAUUAUCAUCUCCUCAUACUGGUUUCAACUCGUAUAAAUAUAUGUAAAAAGUACAAAAUGACAAGAAACACAGCUUUAAUAUAUAUUCAAAGAACUUAAAUCAGACCUCAGGUGGCCAAAAAAAGAAGUAACCAGGUGUAGGAAAUGGAAGCAGACUUUAAGGAAAGGGAUAUUGUUGAGACUAUUCAAGAGGCAACUAUCCUUUCUUCGCAAAGAGAUACCGGAGUCGGUCCUAUUUCCUACAUUGUACAUGAUUCCUCGUAAUCACACAAGACCUUGGCACUGCCAUAAGUGUAUGCAGAAAAACCUUCUCCUUCCCAGAUAGAAUCACAAGACGGCCAUCCAUUUCCAAACCUCUAUAGCCAAAUCCAGUAAACAAUCCAAAAGAAGGAUGGAAAAGUGUCUGGAGAAGAUUGGUCCUGCAGCUCAAGCAAGUUCCUCGGCUUUCCAGAAAGAUUCUCAAAGAUGGACACUUGAGAUUAAAGACACAGUAACAAUUGUAAAGGUUUUUAGAGCUCUAUGUGUCCAACAGAAAAAUAUAUAUAUAUAUUGGGGUCUCUAUGGAGAGGGAGUGCAGUAAUGUCAGGGUAAUUGCAUUGGUGCAAACCAAUAUUUCAAUUGCUAUAACUCGACAUCAGCAGAUUGUGGCGUUUUGGUACCAAAUUAAUUCUAAAAGGCAAAUUUAGAAGGUUCAAUUGUAGGUCUUUUUCUGUACAAUUCCUAGGUGUGCUACUGAUAAUAACCAUCUUCAAAUAAAUAUUGUAAUGAAACAGAGAGGGACAGCGAGACAGAAGGGACGUCUGGUUGAGGGUUGAGAGAUAUUUACCCUGUUAUAAAGGAAUGGGACAAGGCACCUAAGAUUUGGUUAUAGGCAGAUAUAGAGGCAGAAGCUGAAGAAGCAGCAUUUAAAGACACAAUGGACAGGCAGAAUUUACUCUUCAUAAGUAAGAGUUCCCAGAUGAACAUUACCAGUGAGGAUUCAAUACGGAAAUGCCAUGGCAGGUGAAGAUCUUAACAAGUAGGGUUUGGGGGGGGGGGGCAAAUGCUGCUGAACAGCCGUGCAAGAGGUGUCCAACAUUAUUACCAGGGUGGGGAGAAAUGUUCCUUAAUAUUAGCCAUCUUUAUUCCUGGAGUUCAGAUCUGGGUUACCUGAGCAUGAUUGAUCGAGAAGAAUGGUCCCUACGCAAGGUGGUAUAGUUAGAGGUGGGGACACCUGAGAUAGACAUGACAUGCAAGGUUCUGCUGUAAUGUACCAAUAUCACAUGUGCUGUAUGUAUAAAUGUUGGUCAUAUAUUUGCCUUUCCUCCCCCGGCCACUCCACCCAAGGGUGUAGCAAAGAUCUACCAGGAAGGAGCAAUGACCCCCAUAUACACACAGGUGCAGGUAUGGCCACGUAUAGGGGCAACAUUGUAUAUUGUGUAGUAGGAAUAACAAAUUGAUCUAAGGAGGUUGUUGUCCUUCACCUCCAAGGCAGAAGAAAAGAACUGGGGAACAGAGAUAGAGACAGAGAAUAUAUCCCAGGGGAAGAGCUAAGCUCUCUUCUACUCUCCUGCCUCCAGAGAAAAAACAAAACCCUAAAAUCAGGUCAGACCUACAGUAUUAGGAAAGGUUUUUCCAUAACUGCUAAAUCUCUUUCUAACAAAGUUAAAAAAAAGGCUACACAUAUUUCUAAAAGCAGGAAAUAAAGGAGCCAGUUUACUUCCUCUUCCAACACACAUAACAGAACUCAGAUAAGCAGCUGCAACGAGUUAAACAGAUUUUCCGGCAAAGCAGUUACUUUCAGUUUCCCGUUCUCUUCCUGGUUUCAGCGAUGGCGACCGCUAGUGUGAGAUCUGAACUGAGCUGCUCCGUGUGCCGAGAAAUUUAUACAGACCCAGUAACUCUGCCGUGUGGCCAUAACUACUGCCGAGUCUGUAUUGGGAGAACAUGGGACUGGCAGUUGGGGAUAGAGGAAGAUCCUUCGUGCCCUCAAUGCAGACAGAGAUAUGGGAAACAACCUCAACUGAUCAGAAACGUGACUCUGUGUAACAUAGCAGAGAAAUUUCAUCUGACUGAUCCACAGAAUGGCUGGACUGGGAUCUUCUGCACUUACUGUGACUCCCCUGUAGCUGCUGCUAAAUCCUGCCUGCACUGUGAGGCUUCUCUGUGUGAUUAUCAUGUGAGAAAACACAGCAAGUCAGCAGAACAUGUAUUUACUAAACCCAAAGCUUCCUUUAAGGACAGAAAAUGCUCCGUACACAGGAAGAUGCUGGAGUUUUACUGCACUGAGGAUAAUACCUGUAUCUGUUCUUCCUGCUCACUGCAUGGAGAUCAUCAGUGGCACAAUGUGGAGUCGUUGAGUGAGGCCUCUAAGUGGAAGAAAGAGAAACUAAGGAAAGUUCUGGAGAAACUGAGCCCAGAGAGAGAGGAGACUGAGGGGCAAAUCCAGAGACUGCAGAAGCGCAGGAGAGAAGUGGCAGAAAAAUCAGCAGGUCAGACAGUGAGAAUCACUGCCCUGUUUAGAGACAUCAGGCAACAGCUGGGAGCCCUAGAGAGGCAACUCCUGAGUGACAUCUCCAGGGAACAAGAGAAGGCUUCUCACAAACUCCAUGAUCUGAUCCAACAGUUGGAAAUAAAGAAGGACGAGCUGUCCAGGAAGAUCCGUCACAUUGAGGAGCUGUGCAACAUGGCAGAUCCACUCACUGUCCUACAGGAACGGGAAUCAGAGAACUCUGAGCACUCACAAUGUUAUGACUCUGAUGGGGGUGAUAUAAUGGGCACAAUGGCGUAUUCAUUUUCUAGGGGUCUGGGAAUUACGUAUAGUAAGGACACACACAAGCAGGUAGGGAGAGAUGAUAUAGAGGUCCCUGCUGUAGAGGAUUUAUAUGUGGAUCAGGUGACCCAUAUAUUACUCACAGGCUUAACUGAAAUAGGGACUUUAGUUAUGCAGAUGUUCCAUUCUGAGGGUGUUCAAGGCAUGUUAGUGGGCAGGAAUAUGGGCACUACAAAUGUCUCACUAUUCUUGGACACAAUGUACAUUAAUAAAAGAACCCAAAGUGGUGAGAGCACCCAGAGUAGUCGCUCGGCCCAUGAAUACUGGGACAUGGUGGGAUGUUAUAGUGGUGGGAGUCUCUAGAGGAAAGGGAAGGCUGUGGCCGAGAGGUCCAUGGGGACAAUAAAGCAAGAGCACAUAGGUGGCCCUUUAAUACCCCAGCAGCAGCAUAGAGGCCUAUUGUCCUUCCUAAUUCACCCUGAAACAACUAAUACACCAUUCACACCCACCCCCUUUAGACAUUUGCAGAAUUACAGGGUAGAGAUGGCACUGGAUGAUAUAUACUGGGACAUUACAUGUGAAACACACGUCACUGAUCUGUAAAGAAAAAAAUCACAAUCAAAUGUUACUUUAUAUAAUAAAAACAAAUUUCCGUGUGAUUCCUAUUUAUAUUCCUGUUUGAAAAGGGGCAAUUAAUACAUGGCUAGUACCACUCCAUUACUGAAUGGGAUUCUAUUUGCUAUCGUUUUGUUGUCGAGACGCAUUUGUUUCCAGUCUUCACUUAUAGGCAAUAAAUCAUUACAAACG